UCUCUUUCCUCCUAAAACUCCCUCCCUUCCCUCCUUGUAAACCCUAAACCCUAACCCGCCACUCCCUUCCCUUUCAAUUGCUUCGAUAUUUCCGUAUAAUUGUUAUUAUUAUUGAAAUAAAACAAUAAAUAUUUUUGUUUGAAUUUAAAGUGUUGAUUUGAACUCAAAAUAUGGAUUCUGAACAAAACAUCUACAGGCCUCCACCUGAAUUCGAAGAAAAUUCAUCACAACAACUCGUCGAUUUCACAGUAUCAGGUUCCACGGAGCUUUUCCUUAUUCAAUGGCCUAUUCAUCAACAUCCUGAAAUUAAUGACCAAGUAGUUACGCUUCAGCUCGGUCCUGAUGGAAAAUUGGGCAGUUUUACGGAUUCUACUGGAAAAACUUAUGAUUUUGUUAGCCCUGCUUCUCAAGGGCCAGAUGCUACAGUUAUCUUAUCUUCCGAAUCGGAGUCUAAAAUCGUUGGGAAGAUUUCACGACGAGUUUCCCUUGUACAUUAUAUGAGUCCCGACGAAUACGAAAAGCUCAGUUCCGACAAGAAGCUGUUGCAUCAGAGAUCCUCCGGAACUUUAAUGACUGAUUCUUCCAAUCCUUUUUCAAGUCCAACGCAAAGUAAAGGGCGGAAAGGUUCACAUUCUAUGGGGCGCACUGUCAGCACACAUGGUAGUCAACAUAAAAGUACUGUCUCUGGAAUCAAUGAACAAUCUAAGCCUUCAAAAAGAAAGCAUGAUCAUGAAUCUACGGGAUCCAUGAACCAGCCCACACACAGUCAUGAGACAAAUCCAAUUUCAGGGUCCUCAGAGCAUUCUCACAAAAGUAAAUCGAAGAAGAAAGUAAAAAACGAUGAGUAAGGUAUUCAACAUUCUCCCUCAUUGUCUUGUCUUUUUGCCUAUUUUCAUUCUCUUCUUUUCGCCUUUAGAUAUGCCAAUAUCUCGACAUUAAGUUCAUCACAGUUGCUUUAUUGCACUUAUCUGCUUUCGAUUGAAAAUAUCAUUUGCCGAUUUACUCAUGGUAUCGAUGUCGUGAUGUUACAGUUAUUAUUCUAUUGUUUCGAUCUUUUCGUUGUCGAUUUUCA